AACCCUAAAGCAUGUUAGGUAAGUGUGCGGUCAACUAGGUAUUUAGGUUAGGUUAGGUUAAGAUAUAUUUGUAAACCGCAUGCUAUAGUAGCACCAUUUACCAUUGUAUGAAAAAAAUGCACUAUGUGACGGUACAUGCAGUAUCAAUCUAGACUAUAAUGAUUUUACUGAAUCCCAAAUAAAUUUAUCUAUCUGGGUUGAAAAGAUUUGGAUUGGUUGGUUCAUUUAAAAAAAGAGCAGAUAUUUCUGCUUUACUUAGUCCUCUUUGCCACUUAUUGGGAUGGGUCAUGUCUCUCCUGUUCACUGUUGGGAAGUGUUGGGCAUAUACUGGCUCAUUGUAUCUGUACCUGUCAAUGUUGGCCAAGUCUGGUCUUGGAUGAGCUCUCACUCUGUGCUAUCAUAACAAUAUAUUGUCUUUUGGUCUGUUUUGCAGAUUGUAUGGGGUGUGGUAGUUGUUUGGCGGCAGUAAGGCAGGAUGGAGGUUCCCCCGCAGGUGAUAGAUGUGGCAGGUCAACUAGCUCAGGCUGUCAACACCACCCUAGAUCCUAAAGUCACACAUGCUGUCAGGCUUGCAUCAUAUAAUCUCCUAGAGAAGGUAAAGGAGGAGAGCGAGUUGGCUGUGGGAUGUGGCUUUCACCUCGCUCACCGUGACAAAGAGCCAGUGGUUCGCCAUUUGGGACUACAGUUGCUUGAACAUGUUAUAAAGUAUAAGUGGAAUGAUCUAUCCGUCCAGCAAAAAGUUUACAUUAAGGAGAGUACAAUGCAGUUGGUAGCUGAAGGGACAUUAGAUCUACUCUCUGAACACCUUUAUGUUAAGGAUAAGGUGUCCCGACUUGUUGUGGAGAUGAUGAAGCGUGAAUGGCCUCAGCAGUGGCCUGGCCUCCUUGAAGAACUACAUUUACUUUCUAAACGUGGACCCACUCAAACGGAAUUAGUAUUGUUUGUUUUCUUGCGAAUUGCUGAAGAUGUGGCUACAUUGCAGAACCUAGAAUCCAACCAACGGCGACGUGAUCUUUAUCAGGCAAUGACGGCUAAUAUGGAAAGUAUGUUUGGGUUCUUCCUUUCUCUGUUGGAAGAGAAUUUUACGCAAUAUGAAACCAAAAUUAACCAACAAGAUUCUCAGACUGCACAUCAACAUUGCCGAGUUAUGCAGGUGGUGCUGAUGACAUUGACUGUGUAUGUUGAGUGGGUGUCAAUGCAGUACAUCUUCUCAGAGAAUGGUAAACUCUUACAGUCUCUGUGUUUCUUACUCAGCCAGGAUAAUCUCAAAAUGGAAGCCGCAGAGUGCCUUUUGCAGAUUGUGAGUCGCAAAGGCAAACCUGAUGAGCGACGUCCUUUGUUGCUAUUAUUUGGAGAAGAACUCAUGUCAGCUGUGUUUAAUGCAGCUGAUCAGGCAGUGAUGGGUACUCUUAGUGAACACAACUAUAGAUUUCUUAAAACACUCACACAGGUGCUGACUGCCCUUGGUUCCCAACUGUGUGCACUGUGGGGUAAAGAGGCUGGUGUAAAUGAGCCCCCAAACUUCCGUGUAUAUUUAGAUGCAAUGUUGGCCUUCACCCGUCACCCAAGUCUCCACAUCUACAACUUUACUAAUGGCCUUUGGGGGCAGUUAUUCCGUCAUGAGUAUGUUCCAAAGAGUGAAACACUGCAAGCUAUAUUACCAUCUUUGAUAACAAUUGUGUCUCGGAAGGUGAUGAAGCAUGGAUAUCCCUCCAAGAAUGAUUCAGAGAGCUGUCAGUAUUCACGUCUUGACUUUGAUAGUGACGAGGAAUAUUCACACUUUUUUUAUAAGGUACGUGCUGAGACCCUAGAUAUCAUUAAGUCUGCCUCGCUACUGGCACCGGAGACCAUGUACGCGUAUGUAGAAGAGUGGCUCAUACGUCACGUUAAGAAGGCCAUUGACACCGGCAGCUGCUCAGAAAAACAGCUUUGUAAUCUCUUCUCACCAUCAUACCUGGAAUGGGAUGCAUUAUCUCAGGUAGUGGAGAGUGUAAUGAGUCGCGUGAUGCAGAGUAAUGGAUGCAAACCCACAGCAGAAAGUGGCCUACAGCUGUUGCGCCUCUGUUUAUCCUACGAAACAACUGAUCCACUCAUACUUUCCACCUUGCUUUCCUGUAUCUCAGGUCUAUUUGUUUUCAUAAGGCUUGUACCCACUGUACUGCCAGAUGUUCUAAAUAAGAUCUUCUCUGCCUUAACUUUCUCUUUGCCUGGACAAACCAAAGAUUCGCGAAGUAGAGCAGUGAAAAAUGUACGGCGCCAUGGAUGCUCCCUAAUGGUAAAGAUUGCUCGUGGCUACCCAGACAUACUUCUUGAAGCAUUUGACUUUAUCAAUGGUGUUGUAGAUAGUUUGAGUCACAAUCCACUAGAACUUUCACAGAUGGAAAAAGUGACUUUAUAUGAAGCUCUUAUGAUAAUUAACAAUCACUUUUAUAAUUUUGAUAAACAAAGUUGUUUUAUUAGCAAAGUUUUGAGUCAUGUGUCUGUGAUCUGGAUUGACAUGAAGCAGCCAUUUAGCUCCCCAUUAGAUUUCAUGUCAUUUGUAGGCCUGGAUAAGGCUCCAGUAGAGCCCAGUGAGAAUGAUGUUAAUGGCCAAAACAGAGCUCAAAUAAUAUACUGUGUUAAUUUAACUUUAGCUGUGAUAAAGCGAUCAGAGUUUCCCUCGGACACUGAUAAGGCAGAACAUGGGGGAUUUGUCCUGGAACGCACAGAAAAUGGAUUGAUAGUGUGUCGUAAUCCUGCCACACCCCAUGUGAUGCCCCUCUUCCACCAACUGUUUUGUCUUUUACGACUCUUCAAUAGUCUUUGGCACACUGAAGCAUUGGCCAGUGUUUCACCAGGGUAUGCCAAGGCCCAUAACCUUCCAGAAACUGAGAAGAACAAUAUAUUAGGACUUGCGACUUCAAAUGUUGCGGAUCCCUGUAUUGACUCUCCCAAGGUUCAGCAGCCUCUAGAGCGAAUGCAGUUUUUCCUCUCCAUGAUGCAUGACAAUUGCUAUCACAUCUUGGGCAAUGCAGGAGUGUCCCUAGGAUUGCAGUUUUACCAGCAUCCGCACCUAUCCGAUUACCUGAUACAUUCUUCCUUGGCAAACUUGCAUCUCAUCCCUGAUUACCGUCUACGACCCAUCAUCCGCACCUUCCUCAAGCCAUUCGUCCAGUGGUGUCCUCCUCAGUGCUACCAGGCAGUGUUGCUUCCCAUCCUCAAUCAUCUCUGCCCUUACAUGUUGGAAAGAUUAAGCACCCGAUGGGGCCACCUGACGAGCUUAAUAGAAAGUGGUUCUUAUGAGGAGGAAAACACAGACACUCAGGAGAUGUUAGAAGACCUGCUCAUUCGUAUGUUAACUCGGGAAUAUGUUGAUUUAUUAAAAGUUGUGUUAAUAGGAGGUCCCCGUGGAGGAUGGCAGGACAAUGCUGAUGGUAUGGAGGCAGAAAUGGAGGUGCCUAUGCCUACUGUUACAUCUGCUCAGGAGACUUUAUCUGAAUUAGGUCAACUAGUUUUAGGAUGUGAUACCAUCUGCCAAGCCAUAGUAACCACUCUUCUCAAAGUGUUGUGGUGGCAGGACAGUGGGGCUUGCUUGAAAUCUGUAGGAGUGGUGGGUCAGGUUCUACGUUGGCUUGUUGGGGAGGGCCAACACUUGAGUCCUGAGGCUGUGAGACAAGUGAUGCUUGCAGUGUUACAGGGGCUUAACACACAUGGUCAGCAUGAUGCUAACCAGAGUGCUCUUCUCUCACUUGGAUUGGCCACAUAUGAGAUGUUUAGACCUCAUUUUCCCAACAUCAGAGAGGUACUACUAGGACUCCCAGGUGUGUCAGCUGAUGAUGUCCAGCGUUUUGAAGAGAAGCUGCAGAGUCCUUCACAAAAUCCUAAUGUGAAGAACAGCAAAGUGGAGAAAAUCAAGAAGGAUGUGUUUAAGAAGUUGGUGAUUGAGAUUGUGGGUCGUAGUGUUGGACAGGCUUUCAAGAAGGAAGUCCAUAUGAAUGAUCUACCACCUAUGUUCAAAAACCCUCGUCCCAAACAACCUCGUGUUGAUGAUACUGAUACAGACAUUGGAUUGUGCUCUUUGUUUGGACCUGACUCUGGAGAUUCUAAUGGACAUCAGGUUGUUCCUACAUCAUUUUAAUGAUAUCUAUUUUUUAAUAAGCUGAAUAUGGAACUAAUGAAAGUAGUCAUGAUUUUGGAUUAUUCCCAUAUCAGAGGGCAUGGUGUCCUAACCACUCAAGUUCUAAGCCUGGCAAUGGUAUUGUGAUAGAUUAUAUUGGAGGUCAUUAUGAAAAUAAGUCCUCACAUUUUUAUGUGAAUUUUGGUGUAAUGUAUUAACGUAAAUAAAGGCUGAAGGGAACUACCUUAAUUUUAUAGUAAGUUAAAUUAACAUGCAGAAUUUUCAGCUAGAUGGCUUGCGUGAUGUUGGCUGUCUGAAACUAAAUCAGGUGGACUUGCGAAUCAAGUCAAGAAACAGAUUUACAUUAGCCAUGCCAAAGUAGUAUCUUGUUGCAUUUAUAUAUUUAUGAAUAAUACAGUACAAAUUUAAGUGAAUAAAUGAGGAAUUACAAAUUCCAGUGAUAUUAUUAUUCAAUUAAUUUUACAACAGCCAAUUUUGUCUUAUAAUUUUUUGUUGAAAUCUUAAUGAGAAUUGAUGUUGUAUCAUAGUGAAAACAUAAGUAUUUAAAGAUGUAACACUUUUUUUAUAUGUUGUAAUCUAAUGAUUGACCCUACCAGUAAUUAUGAAGUACCUGUACUACUGUACAUUAAAUUUCAGAAGAUGAUAAAAGGUAUUGAGCAAAAUCACAACUAUUUGUAACACUUGAGUCAGAUUGAAAUGAAAAAUAUCCACAGAUUUGUACAAAUAUAUUUUGCAUGAAUGCAUCAAAUU